GUAAGAGAAUUCUGUAUUUUAACAUUCUGAAGCUUUUACAUCAAAAAGCUUUGUCAUGGACUUACAUUCAUACAUUAUGUUUUUAAUAUGGACACAAUUGAGGACUGUGCUUUAGUGUAUGCAUAUGAUAAAGAGGCACUUUUGUCAGUUUGUGUGCCUGCCUCAAUCCCCAGUGCAACCACUUCCUAUUGCACUGGGCCUUGUCAGAUGACCAUCUACCAACAUACCCACCCUCUCACUAAAGUGUGAAGUGCUUAACACCAACAUAUUUACUCAUACUUCUAAAAUAUUUUAUGCAUGGACCACCUGUGGACAUGAUGCAGCUCAUCUGGUUGAUAUUUCUUUCCAAUCUGUUUAGCCAGGUGCAUUCAGUGCCUCAUCUAUCAAAGCAAGAUAUUGCACUCUUGGCUACAGAUGAGAACCCCAAAUGUUUCACCAGGAAUCUAGAAAGCUUCACUUGUUUUUGGGAAGCACCUGUGGCAAACUCAUAUUAUUUUAUCUACAGAAGUCACGAAACAGAGGAAGAGAAUCGGUGUAAUGUGACACAACAGUCGUAUGAGGAGAAGAUGUUCUUAAAUAUUUGCGCAUUCCCACCAAGUGAUGUUUAUCUGUUCGCAUACACAGAGCUCAGCGUGGUAGACAUGGACACCAACAUAAUUGUCUACAGCCGCAAUGUCAGUGUGGAGGACCAGCAUGUUCUGUAUCCUCCAUCAAAUAUAUCCCUUCAUCCGACUGGCGAGGUGGGCCAAAUGUUAGUUCAAUGGAAAGACCCAAUAAACAUUUGGAAUAAGCAAAAACCACAGUAUGAAAUUCGAUACAACUCCAAACACAAACAAAGCACAGUUAAACAGGUGACAGGAUCUCCCCAUAAGCUCACCUCUCUAGCUGCAGGAGAGAACUGCACACUGCAGAUGAGAGUCAGAUCUGGUAGCAAGCUUUGGGGUGAUUGGUCAAGUCCUGUAACUGCUGUGGUUCCACAAUCUGCAAAUGACAUAAAAUUAAGGUGCCACACUCCUGAUCUGUAUCAAGUAUUAUGCAAAUGGAGUGAAGAAUUAUAUGAUGGUGGCAGAUACAACCUCCAUUACAGCCAAACAAACAGAAAUUCAUGGAGCAGUUGGAAGCUGUGUUCCAAAGCCAACGACACUGUGAAUCAGUGUGUCUUGUAUGGGGAGGAGUCCACUGUCUAUCAGGUUUAUCUCAGCACUGGCCAGGAACGAUUCAGUCGAACGUUUUACAUGAAGACUUUCAGUAUGAACAGUAGCAUCAAAACAGAGCCUCCACGAGGGCUUCAGGAACAGAUGGUGGACGGUAGGCUUUGUUUAAGCUGGGAUCCACCUCUUUUGAUUAUCUCUCAGUACCUAAUAUACCAAAUCCGCUAUCAGCUCCAAGGAGAGAAUGAGUGGAAGCAUUUCACAGUACCCAGUUCCAAGACCAGCACUUGUCUGGAUGUGCAACUGGGGGGGCAAUACAUCAUCCAGGUCAACACACAACCUGAUGGAUCAAUCUACAGUGGAUGCUGGAGUGAUUGGUCAAAACAACUCACUGCCACUCAUUUGACUCCAGGCAAAGAGUCGAUCUUCUUUGUCUGCAUACCAGUAGCUUUACUGAUCAUUACUUUUGCAUUCAUCUAUUUCUUCCCCAAAUACUUCAGUAAAGUGAAGCAGUCUAUGUGGCCAUCAGUCACAAACCUAAACAAGGUGCUGGAGAGUUUUCUGGCAGAUAUCAGUGGAUCACACUGGGAGCUAACCUUCAACAAGCAAUGCGACAAUACUGCUGCCAUGUCAGUGUUAGAGAUCCUGUCUGAGCGGGAUGCUGCAGUUACAGAAAAACCUUGUAAGGAGGCCACCUGUCUUUUUCUCCCUGAGCGAGUCUUCUCGGUUGGUGAAAAAAAUGGGGAGGAUUUUGGAGAGGGUUUGGAGAUGGCUCAAGAUUAUGUGAUUUUGAACACCAAUGAAAUAAUUCCAUGCUUUACAGGGAAUGACUGUGUGUACAAGGAUGUUUCUUUAUCUAAACUGGCCACUGAAAAUCUACACUCUUGCCUUAGUGCCUGUUCUACCAGCUUUCCAGAGUGCACGACUAAUAUCCUCAACCAUCCCUAUCCCCUUCUCGCAGAACAAUCAGAGCUUCAAGAGUACAAUUUGGCAGUCAAAAUAUAAACACACAGCGAUAGUGGUAAAGCAAGUGGAGAAAUUUAAAAAGUUGUGAUAAAGCCUUAAUCUCACUCAUAUUAAUACAAAAUAGGAUUUCUGGGUUACCCCACCUCAAUUUAAAAAAACUUGGAAAAGGAGAAGCCUGUGAGGUUGAUCAUUUGUAUCUUAAGAAACAGACAAGGAACACCAUAUGGAUCCAUCACAGCACUCUUCUCAUUAUACAUCAACCCAGAUCUGAAAUCAGGUGUUACGUGGAGAUUGUAAAGACAUUUGUCCAAUGCAUGGAAUUUAGGUCACGAUCUAAAUUUAAGAUCAUGUUACUUGCAAGGACUUGUAGAACAGAAUAAAGCCAUAUGCACUUCCAUAUUGCUAUAAUGGGGACCUUGUAAAUAGGAUUACUGCUCUUAAAAGAAUAUUCCAGGUUAAAUACAAUUUGUACAUUGCAGUAAAAUGUUACCAGUUUUCUAUGAUCCUACUUAAGCAAUUAUGCUUGUAUAUUUGUAAUAUUUUGUUUGUAAUUAAUAUUGUAAUGAAUAUGACAAAAGAAGAAGUCUCAUAAUUUAAGGCACUCAAUAGCUUUAGUGUAUGAAGACAACACAAAACAGAAAAGUCAAAUCUGAUUAAUGAAUGUUAUGGUAUAUUGUAUGAAAAUGAAAUUUUAACAAUGACAAUCAUUAAAUAAUCAACAACAAUUGUAUGUGUCUUUCUCUCCCACAUUAAAAUGUAUAAAAACUGAUUUACAAUAAAGUCUGUUGUGCAAAUUCUUAACUAAAGUGUGAAACGGAAGACAGAUCAACAUGAUUUGAAUAGGAACACAUUCUGUUAGAUGGAAUUUUCCAUAAUGUACACCCCAAUACCAUGAGAGCAUAAAGAUAUUAUUAGAAUAUUCCGUGUGAUCAAAUGCACAUUUAAAACUUGAUAUUUAUAGGAUUACACAUGCAUAACUUGGAGCUUUAAAAAUUAUAAUUUAUUAAAAACAGAUGCUGGAUUUAAUUUCAGAUUCAGUUAAUAAGAUCAAGAUUUUGGCCAUUCCCGGAGGCCAAUGCAAAGCUCCAAACAAGAUUUUAAAAUCAGCUCUCUGAAUUUCCAUAAAGGUGGAUACACUUAGCAGGGAUCAAAACAGGUUGCCAGUUAGAGCAUGUGAUUUCUCAGAAAUCCCAAACCGGACCAGCCUUAUUUACCAAACACAGGGCAUUCGCAGUACUGUGCAAUGAGAGUUUAU